ACGAAGGACGGAGCUCAGGUAACCAUCUUGUUCCCUUCCUUUGUCGUGCCCUACCUCGUUCGACCACUAUCGACCACGACAAACGUCGAGGUCGACUCUAUAGCCUGCUUCCACGCGAAUUCCCAUGGAGCAAUAAACCCUUUUUAUACUUGUUACACUAUCGUGUGUUGUCGUGUUUCUGCCUGUCUUUGUACCGCCGAACCCCGAUAGUACAAGGCAAGCACACGGGAGUUGGCCGUCAAGCCUAAGCCUUACGACAAAGGCGGCUUGAGAGAACCCGGAGACUACAACUGGCGCCCAACGUGAUUUCUCGUUUGCAGACGCAAUCGAGCAGCCGGCUCCCGCGACACGAUGACGAGCCCGCAGUACGAACUUAGCGAUCUCAUGGAGUUGGCCAAUAUUUGCAGUCGGGCCAGGGAAAACUCGGGCCUCGUUGCAUCGGCCGCAUCACCCACAAAUGUGGGCCGUGCAAACACGUACUGCACUACCGCACCCGCUACAAACGUAGGAGUGCCCGACCCCGCGCACCUCACCAACACGCCGGCAUUCUUCGGCGGGUUACCGAACCUGUUCUCUUCAAUCGGGGAAAUCUUGGUUCCCUCCGUGCGCGCCGUCAACACAGCGGAUUACGGCGGCGGUUCCCGGAGCCCCUUUUCGAACGGCGAAGAACCUCCGUCCGCCACACGCGUCCUCAGAACGUCGGAAAAUUUCGGUGUACACUACCCAGGGCCCCACUCAGACGAGGUCGUGCCCGUAGCAAAUGCGCCCGCCGCCGGCGCAGCCGCCCCGGGCACUUUGAGCGCGCACUCGGUCUGGCCAAACGGCGCAACUCCGUCGGCUCUCCGGCACGCAGCGAGAUCGCCACGCGUCACGGAGCCCGAUAGUGACCAGUGCCCAGUAAACACGGGGGCCUCCGCAAUCGGGCCGGACAGUGUUGGCGGUUCCAAUAGCGGAGGAAUGCCUGCAGACGCGGUAAACCCCGUGCACACGCUGGCGAGCGCUUUGCAACAGGUGUUGCAAACCGCGAUUUCACCCGGGCCUCGGAUCGGAGUACCGAUACCGGCGUACAGUGGUUACGGCGAUCAGAUGAGCGCUAAUUUUUUUUUACUGGCGUUGCGACAGUACGAGCAAGCGACUGGCAUGCGCGAGAGUGCGGUGUUGGAGAGAGUUCUCCCGGUUGCUCUAGUCGGCCAGGCCGCCCGGUGGUACCGUUUGGUUGGCCACACGGCGAGCAGCAUGGACGAGUUUCGUAGGCUAUUUAGAGACGAAUUCCUUCCGUACGACUACCGACUGCAGAUGCGGAGGGAGUUGGAGCUGCGCACGCAAGCCCCGGACGAAUCGCUGGUGGAGUAUGUCCGAGCGAUGCAGGAGCUUUUCGAGUACGCGGAUCCGAGUGCUUCGAACACGGAGCGAGUGGAACGAGUAAUUCGACAAAGUCAUCCUACCUUUGCACUUUACCUGCGCGGUUCACGUUGCAGAGACCUGAACGAGCUGGCCGCAGAAUCACGCCGGGUGCAAGCCGAAAUCUCGGCAGCCCGCGCGUAUCGACCACCGCCGCCUCCAUCGGAGUCCUUGGAACCAAGCUGCGCUUGGCACGGCAGCGGGCGCACGAGCAGCGAACCCGCUGCGAUGCCGGGUCGGUCCUCGGGUGCACCCGGGCCGUUCGAAAUCUCGGACCGCGCCCUCGAUCCCUACUCAUACGGGUGGAGGACCGCGCAAGCAAGACAGUCAGGAGGCUUGUCCGGCGCGCAACAUCACGUCCGAUCAGACGAUCGCAGACCAGUGACGCAGCUAGGCGGACCCGAUAGAAACGCGAUCACGUACGGCCGACCUCACCCUGACGAUUGGGGAUCGGCGGAGCAGCCCCGCUUCGCUCAAGCCACGGCGAGGAACACCGUGCGCUGUUUCAACUGUGCCCAGACGGGACACAUCGCGCGUGAGUGCUCUAACCAGCAGGGAAACGAGGCGGGCCGCCGGUAACACUGCCGGCGGCCACGGCAACAGCCUGCGAGGCAAACACCAUCGCGGCAUCUUCAGUCUUUCGAGUCGGAGCGCCGAACAACGUGAAUGCCCCUUUCAUAGAUCUCGCAAUCGCGGGGACUACCUUCAAAGCACUACUCGA